ACUAUAAAAUUGAAUACUCCAAGAAGGCAAUCACAACUUGCACCAACACAGACAACUCUUCCACCAUAUCCCUCUCUCUGUCUCUCAUGGGUUCCUUUGAUGAUGACUCUGCAGAGCAGCCCUUGUCUCCAACAGGCCGUCUCUUCCUCCAUCCCAAAUGGAACCUAGUAGUACACUGCGCCAUCGGCUUCAAGAACCCUAUAGAUAUAGAUGCCAUCAAGUACCGCCUCAAAACCUCCCUCCUCCUCUCCCACCCCAGAUUCUCAAGCCUCGUGGUCCGCGACUCCCACGGCGUCGAGCACUGGCAAAAAGCAACCCACAUUGACCUCGACCGCCACAUCAUCAUCCUCCACAACCCCGUCUCUACCGCAUCACAGCCUGUUGACCAUGAAACCGCUGUCAACGACUACUUGGCUGAUCUCUCCACCAGCCCUGGGCUAAGCACUGACAAACCCUUGUGGGAAGUGCACCUUCUCAUGGCUCACAACUGCUGCGUGUUUCGACUCCACCAUGCUUUGGGGGACGGGGUUUCUCUUAUGUAUCUGUUCUUGGCCGAUUGUAGGAGAGCCAACAACGAAGAAAAGCUCCCAACUUUGGCUUAUGGGAAGACUAGGGGCAAGAAAAGAGUGGAUAGUAGUAUUGGAAAGGGUUGGUGGGUUUUGUUGAUAGGGUUUUUGAGUAUGGUGUGGUUCAACUUGGUGUUUGUGGUGGAGUUUGUGAUGAGGAGCUUGUGGGUUUGUGACAGCAAAACAGAGAUCAGUGGUGGCGAUGGGGUUCAGCUGUGGCCUAGGAAGUUGGCCACUGCUCGGUUUAGGCUUCAGGACAUGAAGCUCGUCAAGAAAGCUGUUCCAAAUGCGACAAUCAACGAUGUUCUUUUUGGUGUGCUUUCAUCGGGACUUUCAAGAUAUCUGGAACACCGAACACCAAAUGCUUUGCCCGAGGGGCUUCAAAUUACAGGGCUAGCAAUGGUAAAUCUAAGAGAGCAACUUGGAUUGCAGGAACUAUCCGAUAUGAUGAAAAACAAUUCACCAGGACUAGGUUGGGGUAACAAGUUCGGCAUGAUUCUCCUACCUAUUUAUUAUCAUAAAAGCAACGGCCCUGAUGAUCCUCUGGCGUAUCUGAAGAGAGCUAAGGUGAUGAUUGAUAGGAGGAAACAAUCUCUACAGGCUUAUUUCUCAUACAAAACUGUACUUUCUACAAUGCCCUACUUGGGAGCAAAGGUUACUGCCUGGCUUAAUAACAAUAUCAUUUGCAAUACAAGCUUUACUAUCUCAAAUAUUAUUGGCCCAGAAGAGGAAAUUACAGCCGCAGGCAACACAGUAACUUAUCUGAGAGUGAAUUCAACUACCGGUCCACAUGCGCUCACAAUGCACUUGGUGAGCUAUGCUGGAAAAGUAGACAUGCAAAUUUCGGUGGCCAAAGAUAUCAUCCCUGACCCGGCAUUUCUCGCAAACUGCUUUGAGGAGGCCUUGCUUGAUAUGAAGGAAGCAGCCAGCCGCAAUGCAACCAUAAGCAAUUAACCAAGAACCACAAGUAAUGGAUAAUGAGUCACAUCAUGUAAUAAUAUAUAUUUUUAUUUUAAAACCUUCAUGCUCUUUUUACUUCUUAAUUGACAUUCAAAUGAAUAAUUAAUAAAUGUCAUCUCCACUCUAUUAGAGACGUGGUACACAA